CAUCAUUUUAUUUUUGGUGAGAGGCUCUAUACAAACUUACAUGGAUAUUGAUUCGUUGGUUAGUUAAACUUUGAUAACUUGACAACAAAAGCUACGCAUAUUGUCUUUGCUGCCAGCUUUUCAGUGUCAAAGGAUUGUGUAGAUAGCAUUGAUGGUAACAUAGAAUUACAAAUGGUCUCUAGUUAAAUUAUUGUUGUGUUAUGGUACGUACCUGCGUAAUAAUUUCAUCAUGAGAGGAUAAUGUACAGCUAGACAGUCAUUAUAUAAAGGAUAAUGAGCAGGGUGAGCCUCAAAGACCAUUUGCUGUGUCACUGGUACACCAGACACCCCUAAACUAAACACUAGGUUGUUUUUCCUGUGCUCUUCCUGAAAUGCAUCUCUGGAUGGUGCUUCUUUCUCUUUAAAAAUAGUGCCAUACCUUAGUGUCAGCAUGGUAACUUAUAAUACAGAAACACAAAAAGCACAUUACAUAGGCCUACAGUAUCUUUGUAAAAGACUUGAGCAGACAGUGUCAAUGACCAGCUGGUUCUGAGGUUAUGUUUUUCCAUAUAAAACGCCAUCUGUUUUACAUAACCUUAAGCACAGAUUUAUAAUAUGAAAAAAGCUGCUGUAUCAUCUUGGUUGUAUGGUUUGCCAGAGUGGAUCAUUGGUUUCUUGAUGGCGUAUAUUUCUCUUAAAAAUAGCUCGCAGCCCAUCCAGUGGCAGCUGUAACUGGAUACACACCCCUCUCAGCCCCUGCAGGCUUUUCCACAGCUCACGAUGUCUUCAGGUCUGUGCUCCGUAGAUUUUGAGAUACACGGCUAUGUUCAAGGUGUUUGUUUCCGAAUGUACACAGAGAAGGAGGGUCUUAGCCUGGGUUGUGUUGGCUGGGUGAAGAACACCAAUAAAGGGACAGUGGUGGGACAGGUUCAAGGACCCAAAGACAAGAUCAAAGAGAUGAAGGUCUGGCUGAGUAAGGAGGGAAGCCCCAGCAGUCGCAUCACCCGUGCUGUCUUCACCAAAGAAAGGGACAUCCCUCAACUGGAGUUGUCUGGCUUCAAAACACGCUUCUGAGAGACUUCACUAUUUUAUGAAACACUGAAAGUCCCAGGCACUGUUCAUUACCACUUCAUUUAAUCAGUGUUGUUAAAUGGAUCUGUACAGUCCUAAACAAAUUGUGAAAUAAUUUUGUACCCCCUAAUGAACAUUAACAUCUUAAUAAUUGUGUGUCUUAUUUUGUAAAUAUUCAGUGGAAUGCACAAACAGGUUGGAUUCUGUUUAACACUGUGACAUCAUUUCAUUAAAUCAUCUCAUUAAAGUUCUGGCGAAGUUG